UUAUCUCUAUUUUAGAUAAGUAAAUUGCCUAAAUAAAUUAAAUUGUGGAUUUAUUUGUCGGCAAGGAAAAAUUGCCUCAAGGCAUAUUAAAAAUGAUGCUAAGACUGACAUAUUUCUUUUCGCUCAUAUUACUGUGCUAUUCUCGAGUUCUUGAGGAAGGAUGCACAGACUUGGCAAGUGUACCAGUACAACCUGCUUCACCAAAAAUUAUUCGAGUUACUGCAACUGGAAAUUUUUACAGCCCUGGAUUUGAGAAAAACCGAAAUUAUCCAGACUCAGUACAAUGUAGUUAUCAACUACAAGCACCAGCAAAUAUGCACGUUCGGAUAAAAUUUAACCAUAUGGAUAUAGCCUUAUCAGAUGCUUGCCAGGCUGACGCAUUGAGCGUUUAUGACUUCGACUCAAACGGACGUGGUGUUCUGCAGCACAUGCACUGUGGGAAACGAAUUCCAAACGAUUAUGUGUCGAAAUCGUAUGCCCUCAGUGUCUUGCUCAAAACAGACGACUUUGGAGCAGCUAGAGGAUUUAAUAUUACGUAUUCACCUCAGACUACUAGUGAUGUGUGUUCGUCGGGGCAGAAAAUGUGUCGCAAUCGGAAAUGUAUCAGCAGCUCUGCGCUGUGCAAUGGUGAUGAUGAUUGUGGUGACGGAUCCGAUGAAGAAAACUGUAACAAGCCGCUGCCAGUCGCUGAAUGUGGUAUUUCUGAAAUUCAACCGAGCAUGUCCACCUUAUACGAUCGCAUUGUAGGCGGUAGAGAAGCUAAAGAAGGAAGCUGGCCUUGGAUGGCUGACUUGCAAAUCCAGUUGAUUGAACCCAAUGGUCACAACUGCGGAGGAGCGUUGAUUAAUGCACAAUGGGUUCUUACAGCAGCUCACUGUUUGAAAGAUUACCGAAAGCCAGAAUACAUCAGAGUUCAUCUGGGGAACCAUAAGAAGUUCGAAAAAGACAUAGGAGAGCAAGUUAGAUACGCAUCGCGCAUAGUCAUCUACGACGAUAUUUCGCCAGAUGUCUUUGAAAGUAAUGGACAGUUUGACAUAGUGAAUGAUGUUGCCCUAAUAAAGUUGAAUGCUCCAGUUAAAUACACGAAAUACGUGAAGCCUAUUUGCUUGCCAACAAAAUUGAGCUCCAGCAGUGACUGCUAUGCUAUCGGAUGGGGUAAUACUAGAGGCUCUGGAAGUUCUCAUUCUUUAAAGCAAGCACUGCAUCCGAUUCAGAAUGCUAUUCAUUGUCAAAAAUUGGUAGGGAACCAAUUCGUACCUCAGACCAUGAUUUGUGCUGGCAGUCUGGAACGACUUAACGGAGUUUGCCACGGAGACAGCGGGGGUCCAUUGCUGUGCAAAGAAAACAACAAAUGGACAGUGGCUGGUGUUGCCAGUUACGUCACAGCAGGCACGGGAACUAUGGGAUUGUGUGGCUUAAAGGAGAAUCCCAGUGUCUUCAAUAGAAUUGACGUGAAACUUGCUUGGAUUCAGAGAAUGAUCAAUAAAUACAGUUAAUGAGGAGUUUGUUGGUUCUGAAUAACAUGAAAAAGGAGAUAAGACAUGGAAAGUUUUCUUUUUUCAAAUGUUUUUUCUUAAAAUAUUACCAAUUUCUCACAGCAAGAAUGUCUAUUGCUAUCUUCUUUGCUUGCAGAAUUUCCUAAUAAAACAUUUCUUUACUUAAAGCGCACAUAUGAACAAAAUCCAAAAAACAAAAGUCACCAUAUUUAAACGAAGAACACAUAGCUUAUUAUAAUAAGGAGAUUAUACUAUGUGGAUUUAAAUUCUACCCACAUAUAGUGCCAAUAAGGAAUUAUUUUUCCCAAAAUAAUACCAAUACUACUACAUUUAUUAUACUUACAGUUAAAUCAAAAUGUCUAACACGAUAUUCUGAUCUGCACAAAACAAAUUUUACCCUAAUCAAAAUUGAGACACACUU